UGUCUCCUCCUUUUCCUUCUCUCUGACAACUGGAACCGUUGCGGUUCAGACUCAGCGGCCUGUUACACACCGGGUCACUGCCGCCGGACGCCCUGACACCCGCUCGGAGCGCAGUCCAGGGACCCGUAGCCGGUGACACAAGCGGUGCCCGCUGCAUGCACACCGGUGACACAGCCGGGCCUGUCACACAUCAGGGUCAGACACCCUCCUCCGUCGCCUGGUAACGGUUCCAGCAGACAAAGCAGACUACUACAUUACAUGCUGAGGGUGGGGCAUUUACUUGCAUGAUUAUGGAGGUUACAGCAUCCCUUCUCCAUGGAGUUCUGUGGAAGUGAUCAGGGCAAUUUCUGCAGUGUGAAAAGUAUGAAUCUCCAGUAUUACUUCUCUACUAAAAUCAUAAGGACUCAUGGCAGUAGAGUGAAUAGUAAUGGCAGGCAUGAUGCCCCCUGUGAAGUUAAAAUGGCUGGAGCACCUGAACAGCUCCUGGAUAACUGAAGAUAGUGAAUCCAUUGCUACCCGGGAGGGUGUCUCUGUCCUAUAUGCCAAGUUGGUCAGCAACAAGGAGGUGGUCCCACUUCCACAGCAGGUCCUGUGUCUCAAGGGACCCCAGUUGCCUGAUUUUGAGAGAGAAUCCUUGUCGUGUGAUGAGCAGGAUCAUUACCUGGAUGCUUUACUCGGCAGCCAGCUGGCUCUGGCAAAGGUGGUGUGCUCGGAUUCUCCUUUUGCAGGGGCUCUGAGGAAAAGACUGCUGGUUCUCCAAAGGGUGUUUUAUGCUCUAUCCAACAAGUAUCAUGACAAGGGCAAAGUGAAGCAACAGCAGCAUUCACCUGAAAAUAACUCUGGUUCUGCAGACACUCUGUCUGUUAGUGAAAGACCUCGCUCUAGUACUGAUGCCCUGAUCGAGAUGGGUGUGAGAACUGGUCUGAGUCUUCUCUUCGCCUUACUGAGGCAGAGCUGGAUGCUACCUACUGCUGGACCUGGUCUGAAUCUGUGUAAUGAUGUAAUACGUACAGCCAUUGAUGUGGUAAAUUCCCUACCCCCUCUAUCUCUUGCUAAUGAGAGCAAAAUACCCCCUAUGGGACUAGACUGCCUGGCACAGGUCACCACCUUCCUGAAGGGAGUGACUGUUCCCAAUUCAGGGGCAGACACUUUGGGAAGGCGUCUGGCCUCAGAGCUGCUCCUUGGCCUGGCCUCUCAGCGUGGUUCGCUCCGCUACCUCCUAGAAUGGAUUGAGAUGGCGCUUGCAGCUUCUGCUCUGGUUAAUGAGACUGACAAAAGUAAGAUUCUGACCGCUCCGGAAGGCAUGAUCAGCUGUGACUGCUUCAUUAGCAUCCUUCAGCAGAUGAGGCGGUCUCUGGGUUCAUCAGCUGACCGCAGCCAGUGGAGGGAACCCACCCGGACAUCAGAUGGCCUUUGCUCUCUGUAUGAAGCUGCACUUUGUUUGUUUGAGGAGGUAUGCCAGAUGGCCUCCGACUACUCAAGAACAUGUGCCAGUCCAGACAGUGUACAGACAGGGGAAAGUCCAGUGGUUUCAGAGACUUGUGAGGUAUAUGUAUGGGGGAGCAACAGCAGCCACCAACUAGUGGAGGGGACCCAAGAGAAAAUCCUACAGCCAAAGUUGGCCCCCUGUUUCUCAGAUGCACAGACAAUCGAAGCUGGACAGUACUGCACUUUUGUUAUAUCCACCGAUGGAUCUGUAAGAGCUUGUGGUAAAGGCAGCUAUGGUAGACUUGGUCUUGGCGAUUCCAACAACCAGUCUACGUUGAAGAAAUUAACCUUUGAGCCUCACCGAUCUAUUAAGAAAGUUUCCUCAUCAAAAGGAUCUGAUGGCCACACUCUUGCUUUCACUACUGAGGGAGAGGUUUUCAGCUGGGGAGAUGGUGAUUAUGGCAAGUUGGGUCAUGGCAACAGCUCCACCCAAAAAUAUCCCAAGCUUAUUCAGGGAACUCUGCAAGGAAAGGUCGUGGUUUGUGUGUCAGCUGGCUACAGACAUAGUGCUGCAGUCACAGAAGACGGAGAACUGUAUACAUGGGGAGAAGGAGAUUUUGGAAGACUAGGCCAUGGGGACAGUAAUAGUCGGAACAUCCCCACUCUGGUAAAGGAUAUUAGCAAUGUUGGUGAGGUGUCGUGUGGAAGCUCUCACACCAUUGCCUUGUCUAAAGAUGGACGAACUGUCUGGUCUUUUGGGGGAGGAGAUAAUGGAAAGUUGGGCCAUGGAGACACUAACAGGGUAUACAAACCAAAGGUGGUAGAAGCACUACAGGGAAUGUUCACUCGGAAGGUGUGUGCAGGAAGUCAGUCCUCCCUGGCUCUGACAUCAACUGGACAGGUCUAUGCUUGGGGCUGUGGAGCGUGCCUGGGGUGUGGAUCGUCAGAAGCAACUGCCUUGCGUCCCAAGCUUAUUGAAGAGCUGGCUGCCACCAGAAUAGUGGACAUUUCAAUAGGAGACAGUCACUGCCUUGCGCUGUCACAUGAUAAUGAAGUAUAUGCUUGGGGUAACAAUUCAAUGGGACAGUGUGGACAAGGCAAUUCAACUGGUCCCAUUACUAAACCGAAAAAAGUGAGUGGACUGGAUGGAGUGGCUAUACAGCAGAUCUCGGCCGGCACGUCACACAGCCUGGCAUGGACAUCUCUACCUAGAGACAGACAAGUGGUUGCUUGGCAUCGUCCCUACUGUGUUGAUUUGGAAGAAAGUACCUUCUUCCAUUUGCGAUCGUUUUUGGAACGAUACUGUGAGAAAAUAAAUAGUGAAGUUCCUCCGUCACCUUUCCCAUCAUCCAGAGAACACCAUAGCUUUCUAAAGCUGUGUCUUAAGAUGCUGUCAAAUCAUCUAGCCCUUGCUUUGGCGGGAGGAGUUGCUACCAGCAUCUUGGGUCGACAAGCAGGCCCUCUACGCAACUUGCUCUUUCGCCUAAUGGAUGCUAGUGUCCCAGAUGAGAUUCAGGAGGUUGUAAUUGAGACUCUGUCAGUUGGAGCGACCAUGCUGCUGCCUCCUUUACGGGAGAGGAUGGAGUUACUGCAUUCACUCUUGCCCCAAGGACCUGACAGAUGGGAAAGUCUAUCCAAGGGCCAAAGAAUGCAGCUGGAUAUCAUUCUGACAAGCUUGCAGGAUCACACACAUGUGGCAUCAUUACUUGGAUACAGCUCUCCCUCAGACUCCACAGAUAGCUCCUCCCUGCCUCUCCCCUAUGGCUCAAACUCUGACUCCAGCUAUAGCUCUCAGAGCAGCCACCCAGACACUCACCUGGCUGAGAUUCUGAUGAAGACACUUCUGAGAAACUUGGGCUUCUACACGGACCAAGCUUUUGGUGAACUAGAGAAGAACAGUGACAAGUUAAUUGUAGGAGCUUCCUCUUCAGAAAACAGCCAGCCGGCCCACCUGCAUGAGCUGCUGUGCUCCUUGCAGAAACAGCUGCUGGCAUACUGCCACACAAACAAUAUAAGUGAGAACUCCAGCAGUGUCGCUUUACUUCACAAACAUCUCCAGCUUCUGCUCCCUCAUGCUACAGACAUCUUCUACCGCUCUGCAACACUACUGAAGGAAAGCCCAUGCAAUGGGAGCGUGGGAGAGAAACUGCGUGAUGUCAUCUAUGUGUCUGCUGCAGGCAGUAUGCUGUGUCAGCUUAUUAAUGCCUUGCUGCUACUGCCAGUAUCGGUUGCCAGACCUCUUCUCAGUUUCCUACUGGACUUGUUGCCCCCAUUAGAUCGCCUUAAUAGACUGUUACCUGCAGCUGCUCUUUUGGAGGAUCAAGAGUUACAGUGGCCUCUUCAUGGAGGACCAGAGCAAGUUGACCCUGCAGGUGUGUUAUUACCUGCACCAGCUCAGUCAUGGGUGUGGCUUGUGGACUUGGAGAGAACAGUUACACUGCUUAUUGGACGCUGCUUAGGGGGCAUGCUGCAAGGAUCCCCUACAUCACCAGAAGAGCAGGACACAACUUACUGGUUAAAGUCGCCUUUAUUUGGCAAUGGUAUUGAGAUGGAUGUCCCUCAACUUGAUAAGUGUAUGAGCGCACUGCUUGAAGUGGUUCUUUCGGGAAAUGAAGAACAGAAGACUUUUGAUUACAAAUUAAGGCCAGAGGUUUCAUUAUUGGUGGAUUUGGCAAUUGGAUCGACUAAGGACCCAGCACGCAAUCUGUGGAUCAGUAUGCAAGAUUAUGCUGUUAGUAAAGACUGGGACAGUGCUACCGUUAGUAAUGAGUCACUGCUGGAUAUGGUAUCGCGCUUCGUUCUUGCAGCCCUUCUGAAGCAUACAGGGCUGGUGUCCCAAGCAAGCGGGGAAAGCAGAUACCAGCCAGGGAAAUCUCUAGCUGAGGUAUUUCGCUCCGUGUACAAGGUCAGGAGUCGCUUGCUCGCCUGCAAGAACAUGGAACUGAUCCAAACUCGCUCCUCAUCCAGAGAGAGAUGGGUAUCUGAGAACCAAGAAUCUGCAGAUUUAGGCUCCCAAGAGAAUUCUUUUACUAGAACCAUAGAUGAGGAAGCUGAACUAGAGGAGCAAGCAGAAAGAGAGCGAGAAGAGGGACAUCCUGAGCAGGAAGAAGAGGAGGACGACCGUGAACAUGAGCUACUUACUGCUGGAAAAAUAUUUCAAUGUUUCCUAUCAGCCCGUGAGGUGGCGCGCAGACGAGAACGAGACAGAGUGAGUCUAGGCUCAGCCGGGGGUUCUGGCCCAGGUACUAGAGUGGAGGAGCAACCCCAGCAGCUGGUACAAGGAAGGAGGGACAGUGCGCAUCUUGCAGAAGGUCAGGACCUAUAUACCGCAGCCUGCAACUCCGUCAUCCAUCGCUGUGCCUUCCUUCUUCUUGGAGUCACUCCUGUGAUUGAUCAUACUGAGACUCCAACAGAGGACAGACCGCAGCAGAUUUCAUCAGGGGGAACCCAUGAGUCUACUGCAGCUAUGACAAGGAGUGAAAGCCUAACAGCAGAAAGGAGAUUGGUUCAUUCACAUCCCAACUACAGACUUAUUAAAUCCAGGAGUGAGUCUGAUCUCUCUCAGCCUGAAUCCGAUGAGGAGGGGUAUGCCCUGAGUGGAAGACAGAAUACAGACUCUGACCUUGCAUCCCACAGAAAACGAGUUUCCCCAUCUGAGCCCCCCACCAUCGAUUCUUGGGCCCGUCUAAAGCACAAUCGGGAUUGGUUGUGUGGCUUAUCUUGUGGCUUUGAUACAGAUGCAGAACAUGGCAAAGCUCUUGGUGUGUAUACAUUGAUUGAGAAUGUCCUAAGCUUCGUAAGUGGAGAUGUAGGCAGCUCUCCAGGGUUUAAGGAGCCAGAAGAAGGCAUGUCCAGCUCUCCGCAGGCCUGCAUUAUUGCAAUGGAACAGCAGCAACUACGUGCUGAGUUACGUUUGGAAGCCUUACACCAGAUCCUUGUGUUGCUUUCUGGAAUGGAGGAGAAGGGAAAUGCUCAAACUCUGAGCAGCCGUCAAACUUCCUCCACCCUGCAGUCUUCCUCUCUGCUCACCUCUGUUAGGCUGCAGUUUCUUGCUGGAUGUUUUGGAUUAGGAACUGUGGGCCAUUCAGGCACCAAAGGAGAAAGUGUUCAUCUGCAUCAUUACCAGGAUGGAAUACGUGCGUCUAAGAGGAGCAUUCAAACUGAGAUUCAGAAAGCUGUGCAUAAAAUAUACCAGCAAAUGUCUGCCACCCUAGACCGAGCUCUGCAGACCAAUAAACAUCAUGUUGAAGCCCAGCAGCGUCUGCUUUUGGUGACAGUUUUUGCCCUCAGUGUACGGUACCAGCCAGUAGAUGUUUCUCUAGCAAUUUCCACUGGCCUGCUUAGUGUACUCUCACAGCUAUGUGGCACUGAGACUAUGCUGGGACAACCUCUCCAGUUACUACCCAAGUCCGGAGUGUCUCAGCUGAGCACAGCUCUCAAAGUAGCCAGCACCAGACUUCUUCAGAUCCUUGCAAUUACUACUGGGACAUAUGCGGAUAAACUGAGUCCUAAAGUGGUGCAGUCUCUGCUUGACCUACUGUGCAGCCAAUUGAAGAACCUCUUGUCUCAGGCUGGAGUAAUGCCAUCCUUUGGUGAAGAUGAGGAAGACAAGAAGGCAGAGUCAGUAGGAGAAACUGAGAGAAAGGACUUCAGAGCUACACUAAGGAAGCAACGAACGGCCGAGCUUCAUCUUGGCGACUUUUUGGUCUUCCUUCGCAGGGUGGUGUCUUCCAAAGCUAUUCAAUCAAAGAUGGCAUCUCCCAAAUGGACAGAGGUGUUAUUGAACAUAGCUUCUCAGAAAUGCAGCUCAGGUGUCCCACUUGUAGGAAAUCUAAGAACCAGGCUUCUUGCCCUGCAUGUUCUGGAAGCUGUUUUGCCUGCGUGUGAGUCCAGCGUAGAUGAUGACCAGAUGGCACAGGUGGUGGAGCGACUCUUCUCUCUCCUCUCAGACUGCAUGUGGGAGACUCCCAUUGCUCAGGCUAAACAUUCCCAUCAAGUGAAGGAGAAAGAGCAGGAAACAAAGCUACAGAAGCAGGGUGAGCUGGAGGAAGAAGAGGAAGAUUUACCCAUACAAGAAGUGUCUUUUGAUCCAGAAAAAGCUCAGUGUUGCCUUGUUGAAAAUGGACAAAUUCUAACUCAUGGGAGUGGUGGCAAAGGCUAUGGCCUGGCAUCAACAGGAGUAACAUCAGGUUGCUAUCAGUGGAAGUUUUACAUUGUGAAAGAAAAUCGGGGUAAUGAGGGUACCUGUGUAGGUGUUUCCCGAUGGCCAGUCCAUGAUUUCAACCACCGCACCACCUCAGACAUGUGGCUGUACCGAGCAUAUAGUGGCAACCUGUAUCACAAUGGAGAACAGACUCUGACCUUGCCCAGCUUUACCCAGGGAGACUUUAUAACAUGUGUCCUUGAUAUGGAAGCUCGAACUGUGUCCUUUGGCAAGAAUGGAGAGGAGCCCAAAUUGGCAUUUGAAGAUGUGGAUGCAGCAGAAUUAUACCCAUGUGUGAUGUUUUACAGCAGCAAUCCUGGGGAAAAGGUAAAGAUCUGUGACAUGCAAAUGAGAGGCACUCCUAGAGAUUUGUUACCUGGAGAUCCUAUAUGUAGUCCUGUAGCCACUGUCCUGGCUGAAUCAAGUGUGCAGCUUCUCCGAAUACUUCAUCAUACCGAACGUUGGACCUAUUGCAUUAACAAAAAAAUGGUGGAACGUUUGCAAAAGAUCAAAGGUUGCUUGCGUGAAGCAGGAGGAAAACUGAAGAAAAGUCGCUCAGUCCAGAGUCGAGAAGAGCAUGAAACCCGCGAUGAAAAAGAGGAGGAGAAGAGUAAACAUGGGAGACACGGAUUGGCUGAGCUAGGCGAAUCACAACUGAAGACUCUGUGUGUGGAAGUGUGGCCUGUUCUUGCUGUUAUUGGAGGCGUGGACACAGGACUCAGGGUGGGUGGCAGAUGUGUUCACAAGCAAACAGGCCGGCAUGCCACUCUGUUGGGUGUGGUGAAGGAGGGCAGUACUUCUGCCAAAGUUCAGUGGGACGAGCCCGAGAUCACAAUCAGCUUCCCAACUUUUUGGUCGCCUAGUGACACACCUCUCUACAACCUGGAGCCUUGUGAUCCCCCUCCCUUCGAUGUGGCUCGUUUCCGUGGGCUGACUGCCUCCACCCUGCUUGACCUUACCUACCUGACAGGCAUUCAUGAAGACCCAAGUAAAGCCAGUGCCAAGCGCCAUGAAAAAAAACAUCGCCAUGAGUCAGAAGAGAAAGGGGAUUCAGAGCACAGGGGUGAUUGUGACACUACAGAGCGUGCAGCGGAGGAGAAAUUCACCGGCAACAUAGCUUCUAAAUCAGAGAAUGAAUCCAUUACACUUUUAGGAGAUACCCCAUCUAUUGAUCAGCAGCAUCAUCUUAUCGACGGGAAACGUAAGAGUCAUGAACACAUCCCACGAAGCCAUGAUGUUGCUCAGUCUGAAAUUAGGGCUAUACAGUUAUCUUACAUAAACUUGGGAGCCAUGAAAUCUCUGGGAGCACUGCUGAGCUGCAGUAAGUAUGCAGAGCUUCUGCUUAUCCCAAAGGUGCUGGCCGAAAAUGGACACAAUUCAGAUUGUGCCAGUUCUCCUGUUGUGCAUGAGGAUGUUGAAAUGAGGGCUGCCCUGCAAUUUCUUAUGCGUCACAUGGUGAAGAGAGCAGUUAUGCGGUCACCAAUAAAGAGAGCUUUGGGAUUGGCUGACUUGGAGAGAGCACAAGCCAUGAUUUACAAGCUGGUAGUCAAUGGGCUGCUGGAAGAGCAGUUUGGUGGCAGAAUAAGACCAGAUUUAGAGCAACAGGUCGAGGAAAGUGACCAAGUUCAGCAAGCUCAAACCCCUGUCACCACCAGCCCAUCAGCAUCCAGUACCACCUCUUUCAUGAGCAGUUCUCUGGAGGAUACGACCACCGCCACCACUCCAGUCACCGACACUGAGACAGUGCCAGCAUCUGAAUCCCCUGGAGUCAUGCCACUUAGCUUACUGAGGCAAAUGUUUUCAAGUUACCCGACCACUACAGUGCUGCCCACACGUCGCGCACAGACUCCUCCGAUAACAUCAUUACCCACAUCCCCCACCGAUGAUGUGGGAAGGAGACAGAGCCUGACAUCCCCUGACUCUCAGCCAUCAAGACACACCAACAGGACAGCUUUGUCCGAUCCGAGCAGCCGUCUCUCUACGUCCCCACCCCCUCCUGCCGUGGUUGUUCCUUUACUAGAGAUGGGAUUCUCCAUCAGACAGAUCAAAAAGGCCAUGGAAGCCACUGGUGCAAGAGAAGCUGACCCUCAGAACAUAACCGUGUUGGCCAUGUGGAUGAUAGAACAUCCAGAUGAUGAGGAGAGAUACUCAGGCAGAACCACUGAGCAGUGCCAGGGUGGUGCCAUCUCAGGUGCAGGUGGUAAAUCCAGUGAUGUCGUUUUCACAGGAGAGAUCUCCUCCUCUGACACCCCAGAAUUGGAAGAAUGCUUUUGUGAGAGCCCAGACAGCAUGGACCAAGUAGAAAACUCAGGAUCGAGCAGUGGGCAGCAGACCAGAGGCAGGUCCACUGUGACUAGGAGACAGAAGUUUGAUCUGGCAGCAAGGACACUACUGGCAAGGGCUGCUGGAUUAUACCGUACUGUCCAGGCUCACCGCAAUCAAGGCCGGAGAGAUGGUCUGUCCUUGCAGCAGGAACCUGGUGCUCUGUAUGACCUCAAUUUGGAUGAGGAGCUAGAGAUUGACCUUGAUGACGAGGCCAUGGAAGCAAUGUUUGGACAGGACCUGGCAAGCGAUAAUGAUAUUCUGGGAAUGUGGAUCCCAGAGGUACUGGACUGGCCAACAUGGCACGUAUGCGAGACAGAUGAGCGGGAGGAGGUGGUUAUCUGUGAGCUGUGUGAGACAAGUGUACUUAGCUUCAAUCAGCACAUGAAGAGGUACCACCCAGGCUGUGGGCACAGCGCUAACCGCCAGGGAUACCGUAGUAAUGGCUCUUAUGUAGAUGGCUGGUUUGGAGGGGAAUGUGGCAGUGGUAAUCCAUACUACCUUUUAUGUGGCAGCUGCCGGGAGAAGUAUUUGAGUCUGAAGAGCAAGCGUAAAACAACUGCGUCAGAGAAGUACAAAGGACAUGCCCCAGAUUUGAUUGGCAAACAAGACAGUGUUUAUGAAGAAGACUGGGACAUGCUAGACGUUGAUGAGGAUGAUAAGCUGACCGGAGAAGAGGAGUUUGAACUUCUAGCUGGACCUCUUGGUCUAAGUGACCGCCGGAUUGUACCAGAACCAGUGCAGUUUCCAGACAGUGACCCACUGGGGGCCUCUGUAGCCAUGGUAACAGCCACAAACAGCAUGGAGGAAACACUAAUGCAAAUAGGCUGCCAAGGCACUUUGGAGAAGAGCUCCUCAGGUCGGAUAACUCUCGGAGAACAGGCAGCAGCUCUUGUAAAUCCUCAUGACCGUGUGAUGGCCUUACGCAGGGUUAUAGCUGCAGCCCAGGUUCUGCUGGCACGUACCAUGGUGAUGCGUGCACUCUCACUGCUGUCUGUUAGUGGGUCUAGUUGCAGUCUUGCUGCAGGCCUGGAGUCUUUGGGCCUAACCGAUAUCCGCACUCUGGUACGCCUCAUGUGCUUGGCUGCAGCGGGGAGAGCCGGACUCUCUACCAGCCCUUCAAAUACUCUGUCUAAUUCUGUUGAUCGUUCCCGUGGUAUGCACAGCAAGACCAGUAAACCCAUCUCAUGCCUGGCAUACCUGAGCACAGCUGUGGGCUGCCUGGCAUCCAGUACACCCAGUGCUGCCCGACUUCUUGUUCAACUUUGUACCCAGAAUUUAAUAUCAGCUGCAACUGGUGUAAAUCUGACUACUGUGGAUGAUCCUGUACAGAGGAAGUUCUUGCCCAGUUUUUUACGAGGUAUCGCUGAAGAAAGCAAGCUCGUCACCUCCCCUAACUUUGUAGUUACACAAGCGCUGGUAGCACUGCUUGCAGAUAAGGGGGCUAGACUGCGACCACACUAUGACAAGGCUGAAAUGGAAAAAAGAGGUCCUUUGGAACUGGCAAAUGCAUUGGCUGCCUGUUGCCUAUCUUCACGACUCUCCUCACAGCACCGCCAAUGGGCCGCUCAGCAGUUAGUUCGCACACUGGCUGCUCAUGAUCGUGAUAAUCAGACUGCCCCACAGACUCUUGCUGAUAUGGCUGGAGACUUGAGGAAAUGUUCUUUCACCAAACUGGAGGCACAUCAGAAUAGAGUAAUGACCUCUGUGUGGUGCAGUAAGAAGGGAUUAUUGGCUACAAGUGGCAGUGAUGGCACGGUCAGAGUGUGGAAUGUGUCUAGGAACCAGUAUUCCCUGCAGCAGACUUGUGUCUUCCAGAAACCAGAGGGAACUCCAGAAGAGACUGAUCCCACCCUGUCGCCCGUGUGCUGGAGUGUCAGUGGGCGAUAUCUGGCUGUAGCUUUAGAAAAGACAAUUAACAUCUGGCAAGUCAAUGGGGGAAAAGGUCUUGUGGAUGCACAACCUCACUGGGUCUCCUCUAUAAUGUGGCCAGAACAGUGCAUUGGAGGAGUAUGGCCGAGUGAUCUACCGGAAUCAUUGUUGGUGGGGCGAAUGGACGGCUCUUUGGGUCUUAUUGAAGUGACAGAUGCCACUAGUAUGCAUCGUCUGGAGUUGGAGCACUGUUACAGAAAAGUGGCUGUUACUUGCAUUGCUUGGUUUAGUGAAGAUCGGCCAUUUGCUGUUGGAUAUGUUGAUGGAAAGUUAUUGAUUGGAAAUAGGGAACCAGCAGAGAAAGGAGAAAUUGUUCUAAUUGAUGCACACAAGGAAAUGUUUGUGAGUUUGAAGUGGGAUCCAACAGGUCAGAUGCUACUUACUUGUGGUAAAGAGGACACUGUUAAGUUGUGGGGGAACUCGGGUGAUAGCUGGAAAACACUUUAUUGCCUGACACAUCCUUCGUAUGUCAACACAAUAGCCUGGUGCGGAUUGGCUGAGAAAGUGGACAGCCCACAGCUCAUGUUAGCAACUGGAUGUCAGAAUGGUUUGGUGUGUGUGUGGACAGUUCCACAGGCCUCUCUGGAAACCUAUCAUGCCAGGUCAGCAGCUCUAGAAGAAUGGAGAGAGCAAACAUCCAGCAAGGAGUUUUGCAGAAAAUCCGAGGAUGUCUGUUGUGUCUACAAGCUAAGAGGUCACAUUACCCCUGUGCGUACUGUAGCUUUCAGCCCAGAUGGACUGGCUCUAGUUUCUGGUGGACUUGGUGGCUUAAUGAAUAUUUGGUCUUUAAGGGAUGGAUGCAUCUUGCAAUCAGUUGUAACUGGUUCUGGAGCAGUUACAACCACGGUUUGGAUUACUGAUGUCGGAGUUGCUACCUGCUCCAACCGUUCAAAAGAUGUUCUGGUGGUAAACUGCACACCCGAGUGGAUGUCCUCCAAUCACAUUUUGGCCACUUGCAGGACAGCACUAAAGCAACAAGGGAUUGUGGGACUGAACAUGGCGCCUUGCAUGCAAACAUUUUUGGAGCGUCUUCCUGUCAUGCUCCAAGAGCAAUAUGCAUAUGAAAAGCCUCAUGUUGUAUGUGGGGACCAGUUGGUGCAUAGCCCUUACAUGCAGUGCCUGGCAUCUUUGGCAGUGGGCUUAAACCUAGAUCAGCUCCUAUGCAGUCCACCUAUCCCUCCUCACCACCGCCUAGUUCCACCAGAGUCUGUCUCAUGGAACCCUGCUGAAUGGGCAUGGCUAGAGUGUUUUUCUACCACAAUUAAAGCUGCUGAAGCGCUGGCCCGGGGUGCGCAAUUCCCAGAAUCCUUCACUGUUCCUGACUUGGAGCCAGUUCCAGAGGAAGAACUAAAACUUUUAAUGGAUAACAGCAAGUGGAUAAAUGGAACAGAUGAACAAAUUAUGUCAUGGGCUACCUCCAGACCAGAGGACUGGCAUCUCGGAGGCAAGUGUGAUGUGUAUCUGUGGGGAGCUGGACGCCAUGGACAGUUGGCAGAGGCAGGACGAAAUGUGAUGAUUCCAUCAGCAGCCACGUCCUUCUCCCAGGCACAGCAGGUAUUUUGGGUGAUCUGUGGCCAAAACUGCACUUUUGUCAUUCAGGCCAAUGGCACUAUUUUAGCCUGUGGAGAAGGUAGCUAUGGCCGCCUUGGUCAAGGUAAUUCGGAUGACCUUCAUGUAUUGACAGUCAUUUCUGCUCUGCAAGGAUUUGUGGUAACACAGUUAGUGACUUCCUGUGGCUCAGAUGGACACUCCAUGGCACUGACAGAGAGUGGAGAGGUGUUCAGUUGGGGAGAUGGUGAUUAUGGCAAAUUGGGACAUGGAAAUAGUGACCGUCAAAGGAGACCAAGACAAAUUGAGGCGUUACAAGGGGAGGAGGUGGUGCAGAUGUCUUGUGGUUUCAAACAUUCUGCAGUAGUGACAGCAGAUGGGAAGCUGUUUACAUUUGGAAAUGGAGAUUACGGCCGUCUGGGCUUGGGCAACACAUCUAAUAAGAAACUGCCAGAGCGAGUGACAGCACUUGAGGGAUUUCACAUUGGACAGGUGGCUUGUGGGCUGAAUCAUACACUGGUCGUGUCUGCGGAUGGAUUAUUAGUCUGGGCUUUUGGAGAUGGAGAUUAUGGGAAACUUGGUUUGGGAAAUUCCACCGCCAAAUCUUCGCCACAGAAAGUAGACAUUCUGUGUGGGAUCAGUAUUAAGAAGGUGGCCUGUGGGACACAGUUUUCAGUCGCGCUGACCAAGGAUGGACAUGUUUACACUUUUGGUCAAGACCGUUUAAUUGGUUUGCCUGAAGGUCGAGCUCGGAAUCACAAUCGUCCUCAAUUGGUUCCUGGUCUAUUGGGCAUCUUCAUUGAGGACAUUGCUGUGGGAGCAGAACACACAUUGGCACUGUCCUCGGCUGGUGAAGUGUAUGCUUGGGGGAGUAACUCGGAGGGACAGCUUGGCCUAGGUCACACCAACCAUGUACGUGAGCCUACGCUGAUCACAGCAUUACAAGGGAAAAGCAUUCGCCAGAUCUCAGCAGGACGAUGUCACAGUGCAGCAUGGACAGCAACUCCUGUACCUCCCCGGGCUCCAGGUGUUUCAGUCCCAUUACAGUUGGGUCUCCCUGACGUUAUCCCACCACAAUACAGCUCUCUGAAGGAUAUCUGCACCCACACAGUCAGAGCAAGACUACGACUACUCUAUCAUUUCUCUGAUCUCAUGUAUUCAUCUUGGAGGUUAUUGAAUCUCAGCCCCAAUAAUCAGAGUAGUACAUCCCAUUACAAUGCAGGAACAUGGGGCAUCGUGCAGGGUCAGCUUAGGCCUCUACUGGCCCCCAGAGUUUAUACACUUCCCAUGGUCCGAUCUAUCGGGAAAACGAUGGUUCAGGGAAAGAACUAUGGACCUCAAAUUACUGUAAAGAGGAUCUCCACCAGGGGUCGAAAGUGUAAACCUAUUUUCGUGCAGAUUGCCCGCCAGGUAGUGAAGCUGAAUGCUUCUGACUUGAGGCUCCCAUCACGGGCCUGGAAAGUGAAGCUGGUGGGUGAAGGAGCAGAUGAUGCUGGAGGAGUGUUUGAUGAUACAAUCACUGAGAUGUGCCAGGAGCUGGAAACAGGAGUAGUUGAUCUCUUUAUUCCAUCACCAAAUGCAACUGCUGAAGUGGGUUAUAACAGGGACAGGUUCUUAUUUAACCCCUCUGCUGGGCUGGACGAGCACCUUAUGCAGUUCAAGUUCCUGGGCAUCCUUAUGGGUGUGGCUAUCCGUACCAAAAAGCCACUUGAUCUGCACUUGGCCCCUCUGGUCUGGAAGCAGCUGUGCUGUAUCCCACUGACAUUAGAAGAUCUGGAGGAGGUGGAUCUGUUGUAUGUGCAGACUCUCAAUAGCAUUCUUCACAUUGAAGACAGUGGCAUCACCGAGGAAACCUUCCAUGAGAUGAUUCCCCUUGAUUCCUUUGUGGGUCAAAGUGCUGAUGGAAAAAUGGUGCCCAUUAUCCCUGGAGGAAAUAGCAUCCCGCUGACUUUCUCUAACCGCAAGGAAUAUGUGGAGAGAGCAAUAGAUUACAGACUGCAUGAGAUGGACCGACAGGUAGCAGCUGUUCGGGAGGGUAUGUCAUGGAUUGUUCCAGUUCCCCUGCUCUCGCUCCUCACUGCCAGACAACUAGAACAGAUGGUAUGUGGGAUGCCAGAGAUCUCUGUAGAAGUCCUGAAGAAGGUGGUGCGGUACAGAGAAGUGGAUGAACAACAUCAGCUGGUACAGUGGUUCUGGCAGACACUGGAUGAAUUUUCUAACGAGGAGCGGGUCCUGUUUAUGAGAUUCGUUUCUGGCAGAUCUCGGCUUCCAGCUAACACUGCAGACAUCUCGCAGCGCUUCCAGAUCAUGAAGGUUGAUAGGCCUCACGACAGUCUGCCUACCUCACAGACCUGCUUUUUUCAACUCCGACUCCCUCCAUAUUCGAGUCAGCCAGUGAUGGCCGAACGUCUGCGCUAUGCAAUCAACAACUGCCGAUCCAUUGACAUGGACAAUUAUAUGCUGUCCCGCAAUGUGGAUAAUGCUGAGGGAUCAGACACAGACUACUAACUUCCACACUCGCUCUCCAGGGCUGAAGUUACACCAGGCAUUUUACAGCACCUGCAAUUUUUCUUUUAAUAACCGGAAGAAAAAAACUUUUUAUUUAAUAUCUCCUUACGUUAUUGUAAAUUUUGAAUAAAGUGAACUCGCCCUUCCCUCACUGAAAAGAAAUAUAAGUUGCAUGGAGAGCAGAUUUUCUGUUAACGGACAGGGUAAGAGGCCAGGGGUGGGUGAGGUUUCCCAGAUGCCCCUGGCCAGUGCUGUACUUGAAUAUUGUACAUUGGUGCACUGUUCACUCCAAGAACAGUUUUACAUGAUUAUUCCUAUUUUUUGGGGUUUGUUUUAAUUUGGAAAUUGCCUGAGCAGGACUAGUUAUGCAGGAAAAUAAUAAAACAAACUGAAGGAU